AUGUCAUUAUCAUCCACAUCGACAAUAUCAGUCGAUCAACCACGUCCAUCUUCCCCUCAUCCAUCGGGACCUUCAACGUCAACAUCGCCCAAAACAUCCUUACGAUCAAGUAUGCCCGGAGCUUCUCCACCAAUACCCACUAUUCCAAGAUCUGAUAGCAACGGGGAGGCUUCGACUGAUGAGCAAGUGUAUGUGGAAUCACAUUUUUCAUAUCCUGGAAAAGGGACUCUUGCCGAGCCAUAUUUGGUAGAUUUUGGACCGGAUGACAAGACGAAUCCCUACAAUUGGAAUAAGACAUAUAGAUGGUGGUUGACUAUGUUAAUUGGAGUAACCGCUUUAUGUCCCCCAUUUGCAAGUGUCAGUUAUAGUAGUACGAUCAUCUCAAUAUUACCUGUGUUUGGAAUGUCAAGGGAGUUGAGCACGGCUGGGAUUAGUUUAUUCAUCUUAGGAACUUCCCUUGGUCCUUUGAUAUGGGCACCGAUAUCCGAAAUAUGGGGCAGGAAUUUCGCCUUCAAUAUAUCUUUCCCAGUAUUCGCAUUAUUCAAUCUAGGAACCGCUUUAUCGCAUGACACAGUUACUCUAUUGGUGAUGAGAUUCUUUGCUGGUUUCUUCGGAAGUUCCACUUUGACUAAUGCAGGUGGUCAAGUCGGUGAUAUGUGGGCUGCUCAUGAACGAGCUAUGGCAACGAGUGUUUUCUCACUUGCACCUUUCUUAGGCCCUGUUCUAGGUGGAUACGUAACUGAACGAUGUGGAUAUAGAUGGGUCUACUGGAUUCAGUUCAUUUACGCCAUCGCUGUGACAGUAGCCACGAUAGCUAUAUUACCCGAGUCAUAUGCGCCGACAAUUUUGAGACGCAAAGCAGCGAGAUUGUCCAAGAUAUCGAAAGAAGAAGGAAAGGAUUUGAUGUAUAUCGCUAAAUAUGAUGAGAACAAGAAAACGAAAGCUGAAAUCAUCAAGAUUGGCUUAUGGAGACCUUUCGAGCUGUUGUUUACGGAAGUCAUCGUUGGCUGUUUCGCCAUCUAUGGUGCUAUCGUCUAUGGAAUCCUGUAUCUUUUCUUUGCAUGUUUCCCAUUGAUCUACCAAGAAGUGCGAGGAUGGUCAGUGGGUCAAGGCGGACUCGCAUUUUUAGGAAUGGGAUUUGGACUUGUCUUAGCUAAUUUCCUCAAUCCACUCGGUAAUUAUUGGUAUAAAAAAGCGACAGUACCUGGAAGGCCUACACCGCCUGAAUCCAGGUUACCCCUAGCAUGUAUUGCAGCUAUCCUAUUACCUAUUGGAUUAUUUUGGUUCGCUUGGACUUCAGCUCCUCCUGUGCACUGGAUUUGGUCAAUCUUAGCUUGUAUACCAUUUGGAUUAGGAUUCCUUUGGAUUUUUACUGGAAUGGUCAAUUAUAUCAUUGAUUCAUAUACUUUAUACGCAGCGAGUGCAUUGGCUGCGUUGGCUGUCUUGAGAUGUCUGUUCGGCGCUGCUUUCCCAUUGUUCGCAGUGUUGAUGUAUAGGAACUUAGGUCUACAUAUAGCUGGAACUAUCGUUGCAAUUUUAGCAACGGCAUGCGCACCUCUACCAUUCCUGUUCUAUCGAUACGGACCAUACUUGAGACGUAAAUCAAGAUAUGCACCAUCACAGCCUCACACACCAGACGAAGAAGCUAUGGAGACUCCUGCUCAAAUAGAAGAAGAGAAACAAGAUGAAUUGAGAAAAGUCAAAACGAGAACAGAAGAUGCUUUGGAACCAGAAUGGGCAAGUGACGCAGGUGAAUAUGCGAAACAAGGUGGACAGGGAGUCAAGGAUCUGGAUUUAAAUCUGGGUAGACCAUUAGAGCAGAAGAUAAUUUAG